AUUUUCAUUGUGCACCAAACCCAGAGAAGACAAUGUGAGAUACCGACAGGUGUAUCUACAUCUUUCUUCAGGCUGUAUAAUCCUAUUAUUCCCUGUUCUCCAUUGUCACCUGACUCUAAGGCUCGAGAAAAUGAAUGAGUGUCUGUCCUUUUCGGGAGAGCUAAUGACUCAACAGCUUAUAAAAGGAGUCGAGAAUCCUACAAGAAGUCCACGUAUCUUUGUCCAACUUGUCCUUAUCUAUCCUUAUCUAGACUCGAUCUGUUGGUUUAUAUCAUCAAUAGACGAAGAACGACACGAUCUUCACUAUCACUAGCAGCGAUGAAUUUCCAAGGCAGCUUCGGUGAUGCACGUGACGUACGGCUCAUGAGUAAGGAGGAAGCGCUGGAAAAGAUGUACCCUCCUGGACAAGAUCCAAAGACGUACAAAAUGACGCGUCCCGCGCGGGGAGAUUCGAUUAAAGUCUUUCCUGCCCAAGAAGGCUUCAGGGUGGCUUGUUACAUAGCUCGCGAUCCUGACCUUUUCUAUGGGUUUAGGGUUUAUAGCAAACUCGAAGCAUGGAAAGAAGUUCUUAUCCAGUCAGUCGUCCCAAACGCCGAGCGUCUGUACUAUGGCAUCAAUAGUAGUGACUUCUACUUUAAGACAAAAGGCGAGGAGAAUUCUAUGGGACAGACAAGAUCGAAGGAAUGUUAUUGCCGGACACCCGCUUGUGAUCUGGUCACAGACCACGAGGCAUUUGUGCAGCAACUGCGGCCCCUACGGCGGUUCUGGCGUAAGCAUGUUGAGCUGUCCGCCGCGUGUUACGAGGCGCCUCACGUUCAUGAUGAAGAGAUACGCGUGGAGCCCUAUGAUGACGCUUGUUCGGAGCUUAUGGAAUCGGAAUAUUGGCAGAAAACAGGCCGAUCAACCCUGAGAGCGGCGAUGGAGGCCCCUUACUGCCGGGUCGCACCUCUCGCGGCCCAAUCCACGACCCUGCUCGCAUGGCUUGCUUGUCUCCAGUCAGUCUUUUGCGCCGAGGACGGCUUCGCCGCCACUGCCGACCACUGCAGCGACGACAAUGAGGACUAGGAAUGUAUCAGAAUUCAUCAUCGGCGCUCAGACGGCAGCGUGCUCCCCGUCAUGGUGGUCAUUGUGCUGCCCAAGGACUUUCGCCUUGCUGGUAGCAGCCGCUCCAACCGCGCGGCUCGAAAGCUGUGGUGCAAUCAGGCCGAAGCACUUGCGAAUCUUGACACCCCGGUUUAUCUCGCCACGGUCGAACCCGGGAAAGACGGAUUGUUUGUCUACAAGACUUCUCCGUCCUGACCCCAGCCGAUUUCCUUUCCACCGGAUCAGAAAUCGCUGACAGUUCUC